AUGAUCGAUUAUCGGAAUAUCCAAUAUGGCGAACUAGCCCAGGACGCGGAUUUCGCAAAUAGAUAUGAAAGUCUCAAGGAAGCUCUUACGGAAAUGCAGGCAGUUUUAGAUAACUUGUUACCGCUAAGGCAGCAUUAUGACAGUAUGGACCUACCGCAGAGGAUCGAAUACGACAUCUUCCUUGCUUACACUAUGAAUUCACUUUAUUGGGUGCAUUUGCGAAUAUUAGGUAUUGAUCCAACAACGACACCUAUUAAAGACGAGCUCAACCGAACUAAAGUCGCCAUGAUGAAAUGGAAGGAAAUAAAAGACAAGUCGAAAAGACCCACCGUUGAUAUACAAGCAGCCAAGCGGUUUAUUAAUAGCGGCCUCUACGAUAGAUUCCAAGGAGCCGGCCAACCAAAGAAUAAAAAAAUCAAAUUUAAUGAGCAAGGUGACCAAGUUUAA